CAGAUUUCUGCACACGGCAGAUCUUCUUCCAAUGUAAAUGGUGGACCUGAACUUGGUCGUUGCAUGAGUCCUGAAGGUGUGAAUGGAAACAGGUGUUCUGAAUCAUCAACUCUUCUUGAGAAAUACAAAAUCGGGAAGGUUAUUGGUGAUGGGAAUUUUGCAGUAGUCAAAGAGUGCAUGGACAGGUCCACUGGAAAGGAAUUUGCCCUGAAGAUUAUAGACAAAGCCAAAUGUUGUGGAAAGGAGCACCUGAUUGAGAAUGAAGUGUCCAUCCUGCGCAGGGUGAAACAUCCAAAUAUCAUCAUGCUGGUUGAGGAGAUGGAAACAGCUACUGAGCUCUUCCUGGUGAUGGAAUUGGUCAAAGGUGGAGAUCUCUUUGAUGCAAUUACCUCUUCAACCAAGUACACUGAGAGAGACGGCAGUGCGAUGGUGUACAACCUGGCCAAUGCCCUCAGGUAUCUUCAUGGUCUUAGCAUUGUGCACAGAGACAUCAAGCCGGAGAACCUCUUGGUGUGUGAAUAUCCCGACGGAACCAAGUCCUUGAAACUGGGAGACUUUGGGCUGGCCACUGUGGUGGAAGGCCCUUUAUAUACAGUCUGUGGCACGCCGACUUAUGUGGCUCCAGAAAUAAUUGCUGAAACUGGCUAUGGCUUGAAGGUGGACAUUUGGGCAGCAGGCGUGAUCACAUACAUACUUCUCUGUGGAUUCCCACCAUUCCGAAGUGAGAACAAUCUACAGGAAGAUCUCUUUGACCAGAUCUUGGCUGGGAAGCUGGAGUUCCCAGCCCCGUACUGGGAUAACAUCACGGACUCAGCAAAGGAAUUAAUCAGUCAGAUGCUUCAGGUAAACGUCGAAGCUCGGUGUACUGCGGGAGAAAUCCUGAGCCACCCCUGGGUGUCAGAUGAUGCCUCCCAGGAGAAUAAUAUGCAAGCAGAAGUAACAGGUAAACUCAAACAGCACUUUAAUAACGCGCUUCCCAAACAGAACAGCACCACCACCGGGGUCUCGGUUAUCAUGGUAAGUGGAAGGCACCCUGUUCUGCUCUUGGAAAGCGGCAGUGUCUGGCCUGACUGCUCAGCAGACAUUGAAUCUUUAGAAGUGAAUAGCCAAGGGCUUUCCUUCACAUGGAAGUUGGCACCUUCCAUGUUCCUCUUUUCACUUCAAGACUGGCUUGGCACAUGGAGUGCCCCCAUCUGGCUGACUCCAGGGCCUGGAGUCCUGGGGGGAGGGGGUUGUGCAGGACCGGCCAGUUGGAUGGGCCCGGGCGCCAAGGAGCCCCUGGCCUCUCCUCCCGGGCUCGGCGCCGUCUCUCGUGGCUGCUUCUGCUGUCAUCUCUUUGUCUCAUCCGGGGAGGGGUUCCCAAGCCUGGGUGGGUUUACAGUCUCAGACAAACUCUGUGAGGUAGGAAUUAUUCUUUUGGGACCUGGGAUAAGAAACUGCUAAAGUUAAACAAAUUCCUUUUAGAAGUCAGUGUUUUGUGGCUUUUAAAAGUACAGAACAAUGUAAAAAAAUAUUAGUUUUUUCAAGGUUAGAUUUUAGGAGAAGUCCGUAACAGUGAUCCCCAUAUUUUUUCAGACCUUCCUUCUUUCAAAAUGUUUUUAAGGCAAUUUAUCUAAAUCCAUAAACACAACAACUCAAAAGUGGCAUGAAAGUAAGGGAAGUAACAUUAAGGUACAUUUAGUAAAAGGGAAAAUAAAGUCAGAAGGAAUAAAACUGAGCCAGGAGUGCAGUUAGCUCGCUGAACCAGGCCUGAGCCCUUGCUGAAGCCGGGCCUUCAAGCUGGUUGUGAGCAUCUCCCCUGCUGUUUUGGCAGCAGGAUACCGAGCCACUAACGUGGGGGGCCGUGAGCUCUGUUCUGCCCAUGCCCCCACAGGAUCAGGGCCUGAGUAUCAGCUGGGGUGGCUUCAGACUCAGACUCUCUAAGGAGACAGGUGCCUGAGUUGUGAGCAGCUUGGCCACCCCUGGCCACCUCGGGUGUUGGUGGUACCCCGGGCCAGCUGGGCACCUGAUAGCUGGUGACAGGCCGGCACCAUAGCCCCAGCUUUCUAACUUGGGACAAGCCUCUCACCCUCUGGAAAGGUUCAACUUGUUUUCUACCCGACUAGAAGGAAAGCAGUGGCUUACUCUCUGGCACAUUGUAGUCUAGGAACGUUUGC